AGUCGAUGGGAGUUUCCUGUGAGCUUGGCUUCCUCAACAUGGCAGCGCCCUUGUCAGUGGAGGUGGAGUUCGGAGGCGGUGCGGAGCUCCUGUUUGACGGUGUGAAGAAACAUCAGGUCACCUUGCCUGGGCAGGAGGAACCCUGGGACAUCCGGAACCUCCUUGUCUGGAUCAAGAAGAAUUUGCUAAAAGAGCGGCCAGAGUUGUUCAUCCAGGGAGACAGCGUGCGGCCAGGAAUUCUGGUGCUGAUUAAUGAUGCCGACUGGGAACUGCUGCCAGGCCUCCCCUUCCUCUCCCAACACCUGGGGAGAAACUGGAAAAGUGCCCUUGACGGUCUUCUCAUUUCUCUCCUGGACCAGGGUGAGCUGGACUAUCAGCUUCAGGACCAGGACAGCAUCCUCUUCAUAUCCACGCUGCACGGCGGCUAAGGGCCCCUCUCUGUGCCUGGGCCCCCUUGGGGUGGGGAGAACAGAACAAUCAGACACCCCCUUGGGCCCUGCUUCCAGAUCUCCCUGUCCCCCUUGGCUGCUUUCUUCCCUACUCUGUCCGCUGAGCUCCCUCCAGGCAGGGAAAAGAGGCCAGGUGCUAAAAAUGAGCCUUUCUCAGGCACGUGAGCAGGGGAAGGCAGGAAGGCAGGCAGGCGCCUGAGCCUGGCACACCCUCUCCCAGUAGCUGAGAUGGGGGAGGGUGCCCCUUAGUUUGUCAAGAGUGGAGAGGGGUCUCUGUGGCCAGGUGACCCAGCUGCCUUCCACUCCCUGUGUCUCAGUCUAAACACUGAGUGACCGCUGACAAGGCAGUCCAGCUCCUGGGCCACAGUGCCUUCCUGGGGAAGAUGAAUGGACCUGAAUAGCUGAUGGCAGGCCCCUCCCUUCUCAAAGACUGGAGGAGUCUCCGCCUCAGUUUCCCCAUCUGGACAGCAGAGGGCUCUGCCUGUCCCCCACUGAUAUCAUUAUGGAACCCCAGCUGGGGUCCCCUAUUCAGUGCUGACCCCCCUCCCCACCCAGCAGCUGCUCUUCCAACCACACCCCUCCUCCUGCUCCCCCAUCCACAGCCCUUGACCCUGGCUGGCCUUCCCCAACACAGACCACCAGAUGGGCUCCUGAGACCCUCCCCCCAGCAAAAGGCUGCCUGCACGCAGCUCAUUCCACUGGGGGUAGAGAGAAGGAGGGUGUAGGCUAAGCCUCGGACUGGCAAGUAGAGGCCUGGGGUGGGGGGUCAGUGUGCCUCAGUUUCUUCCUCAACAACAACUGAAUUUUUAUAGUGUCUGAAAACUGGGGAGAUACUUGAUGACACAAAUGUAGACAUUAUCUCCUCCCACCUCCUGCAGGAAGCAGGAUGGGGGCAGGCAGCACCUGGUAGGCAGGAUGGUUUGCCCCUCCCCCUUCCAUCCUUUCUGGAAGUCUUGGGGCCUCAGUGCCUGCAACAGCUGGCCUUAGGCAAAUAAAAGACUAGGUUGUUUACUA